AGGAGGCGGAGGAGGCGGAGGAGGAGGAGGAGGAGGAAGAGUGAAGAGUGAAGAGGUGAAAUAUCCUCAUCGCGGUUUUCCCCGCGUCAGAGAUCUCUUCGAGUAUGCAGGUGGCAACGCUGUUCAGGGAGAGCGCCACCCUGCUGGGUGCCUCUACCUUGGAUCCCCCGCAGACACACCACCAUCAGUCCGUGCAUCAGCAACAGCAGAUUCACCAACAGCAUGCCGCCGACUUGCAUCUCAGUCACCACAUGCAACAUUAUAAACUAUCGUAUCCGUCGCCUGUGCAGAACGGAGGUCAAAAUGGGCAGUCCAUGAAUUGUUCUCAGGGUGUGUUGGUGAAGCAAGAAGCUAGGGACGACGGUUACGAGACGAGUCCAGAUCUCGAGAUGAGAAGCACCGGUGGUGACAGCAGUCAGCAGUACCACACACCGCUGACACCGCACACGCCGCACACACCGCACACCCCGCACACGCCCCUCACGCCCGUAUCGGCGACGGCGCAUCAACCCCAACCACCUGGCUCGACCGCCUCCACCCUAGGACAGAUGGCAAUAAAAUGCGAGACACCGGUGGAUCCAUACUCUUUCGUGGACGAGGACAUGUCGAUGGGUGGUAUGAGGUCCGCGAGCAGUCCUGGUGGCAAUCCUGAGAGCAUGACGUGUCCGGGCGGCGUCCAACCGGGUCUGGUUACACCCACGUCGACGCCACCCGGUCCUCUCUCCAGUCAGCAACAUCAUCGAAUCGAUCUCGUUCUGAAUGGUGCUGUGAAUACCCAGCUAGCGCAUCAACCGAAGAAAAGGGGAAGAAAGAAAAAAUCUGAAAUGAUAUUAACUCCCGAAGAAGCUGAGCUUGCGGAGGCGAAAAAACGUGCAAAGACGUAUAAAGAAAGGAAAAAACACGAUAGGUUCGACGGAAUGCCAGAGGAGGAAGUGAGUAAACGCGUUCUUCCGGAUCACCUAACGAACAACCUGGACAUCAUCAUAAUUGGGAUCAAUCCUGGACUAUUUGCUGCAUAUAAGGGGCACCAUUACGCCGGACCCGGUAAUCAUUUCUGGAAAUGUUUACACCUCAGUGGACUAACGCCUGAACCGUUGACCGCCGACGAUGACUACAAAUUAUUACGACUUGGCAUUGGUUUCACGAAUAUGGUGGCACGUGCCACUAAAGGCAGCGCUGAUCUUACGAGAAAAGAAAUUAAAGAAGGUAGUCAUAUCUUGUUAGAGAAGUUGCGAAAAUACAAGCCAAAAAUCGCAGUGUUCAACGGGAAAUUGAUUUACGAGGUCUUUUCGGGAAAGAAGGAAUUUGGAUUUGGUAGACAACCAAACCUCGUGGAGGGUACUAAUACGUACAUGUGGGUGAUGCCUUCGAGCAGUGCGAGAUGCGCACAAUUGCCGCGCGCAGCUGACAAGGUGCCAUAUUAUGCAGCUCUUAAGAAAUUCCGUGACUUCCUCAACGGUACGAUCUCGCAUUUGGAUGAGUCAGACAUCGUUUUUGCCGAUUCGAAACUUAAGAAGAAAGAACAAGACGCGAUCGAAGAUAAGAAGCCAAUCUUUUCAGACGAUCUGACGCACGACGGUGAUGGAAAGAUGACGGAAAUGAAUGGGACGUCUAUAAAACAGGAAUCAGGUUUGAUACCGGGCAAAAAGAAAAGAGGCAGACCUAAAAAGAUAAAAAAUCCGGAAGAUCAGCCGCCCCCGGAUCUUGAAAAAUUAGAUGCCAAUGGGGAAGUAAUUAAGAAACGUCGAGGAAGGCCGAAGAAAAUUCACCAGCAGCAAAAACAACAGGAACGGGAAAAUAGAGAAAGGGAACAGCAGCAACAGCAACAUCAAGUUAUGAGUCAUUUGAAUAAUGCUUACAACAGUGGCGUACCAAAUUGUUUUUCACCGCCACUGAUGUCACCUCCGAAACCUUUCGCCCAUAUGGCACCAUACCCGCAACAACAAAUGAACGAUACCGGUUUCUUUGGGCAGGGUAUGAACGACACGCCCUAUAACAUGAGCGCGAAACAAAGUCCUGUACAUUUGCAACAUUACAGCCAAAGUCCCAAAUCGAUGACUCUUUCCUUCACGCAUUCUGAUCUAUCCUCGGAGAUAAACACCGCAAUCUCGUCGGAAAAUAAUUUGGAACCAUCCCCGUUAACGUCGCCAAGCGUAGAUCAUCCAGAUUUCGAGCCACCAACAAGUAUGUCCCAACAAAAUAUGGGUAAUGAUCACCGGCAAUACAAUGCAUCUGGUAACGGCGAUAAUCCGAGUCAUCAUGGUAGUCCGGGAACACCAUCGCACGGUGGAUAUACGAGUUACAUGGGUUAUCACGAUCAAACACCGGAUCCUCACAAUCCGCAUCAAACAACGUCGACGCCUCUGAGCCAGUGCGCUGAUGAGCAUUCCCAUCACUCCCAUCAGACACCGCCGCAUACCCAUCCGCACACCCCGACUCAUUCUUCGAUGUCGCCUCAUCACCAUCCGCACGAGCAAUACGGAAUGAAACGGAACACGGGACAAGACGUGGCAUCAAAAAGUCUAAGCGAUCUUGAAUCUUUGGUCGAUCAGAUACCAAGUAUAACCGACGGCGGAAAUCAACGUCUUCAGCACUCGCAUCCAAAUAUGUCGGACGAUUCGCUCGUCGAGAAAAUGGACGGACAUCAUCAGUCAUCCUAUUUACCAGGUUUCGGUGGUAUGCCCGUAAGCGGUAUGUCAAAUUACAGUCCACCUUUACCACCUGGUAGUAGUUUAUAUCCAGGCUCGUUACAUCAUUCGCCUGGAGAUGGUUACGGUGGUCUAUAUGGUAUGAACAGUCGACAACAACAGCAGCAACAACAACAGCAGCAGCAGCAACAACAACAACAACAACAACAACAACAGCAGCAACAACAACAGCAGCAGCAGCAACAACAACAGCAACAACAACAACAGCAUAGUAAAUCGUACACGGUCGAGAAUCUAGCAUCGAGCAACUACACACCUAGCAUGGGUCACGCUCAUCCCGGAAACUCUUACCCAAAUAUUAUACCUGCACCUCAUUAUCCCGUACCAAUGGGCUCGACUAACGGCUAUCUCUUCGGUGGCCUCGAGUCCAGCCUGAUGCAACGUACUUACGGGAUGAGCGGUAUGAGUGGCAUGGGCGGAAUGCACGCUUCCCUCGGCCACGUGGCUAAUCCGUAUUCGUAUAACAGUGCUGCGUACACGGGUACCUUUGAUAGCUUUUCGGCGCCACCAGCGGGUAUUCACGCGCCCAGUGCAAAUUAUCCUGGGUAUGUCGGGGCGGGUGGCGCCACGCCUGCUACCGCCACUUCGCCACCUUAUCUCCCGUCGCAUCAUAGGCCACCAGUUGACCUAGCCUACGACGCUGUAUGAUAAUCGAUGUAAAGCUGUUGAUGAUGAUGAUCGCCUCAUCGCGUAUCGAUAUUAUCUUUUCUACGUAUUUUUACACGUUUAGAAUUCGUCGGCAUUGCCGUCUCUCUCUCUCUCUCUCUCUCUCUCUCUCUCUCUCUCUUUUUCUCUCAUUCUCUCAUUCUCAUUCUCUCUCAUUCUCUCUUCCUAUUCUUUCUCUAUAUCUAUCUCUUUCUAAUAUGAGUCACGUCAUGCAUAACAUUGCAUACUUGCGUAAGAAGACCUAUAUUUAAUAACCCUCGCCUAUUGGAUCGACGUUCUUAUCCUACUGACUACUGCUGUCAUCUUUUUCAUCGAUCGACCUAUUGGAAUGGAACUGCAUGUUUCCUAGUUAACAUACGCAAUGUUCUCAUAAACCAAAUGUUAAGUUUUAGUCUUUCUUACUUUUUUCUUUCUACGGCACUACCCAAUCAUUAACCCAAUCGCACAUUAGAAUUAUAAUUCAUUUCUAUAUAAUAACUAAAGAACACAGAAUUCCUAAAUCCAAUUCCUAAAAACCCCUAUACUACGCAUUAUACAGUUCAUUUGAUACGUCGGUUGUUUUCAUAUCUGACUCUCCUUUCUUCUCAAAAUAUCUUUCUUUCUAUUCGUUUCUUCCUUUUAUCUUUCUCACAUUCUCUCUUUCUCUUUCUCUCUCUUUCUCUCUCUUUCUCUCUCUUUCUCUUUUCGCAACUUUCGUUACAUUUUACAUUCGAUAUUCCACGAGAAAAUAUAAGAGAAAUACAACAAAACAAACAAACAAACAAACAAAUAAACAAACAAAUAAAAAUACAAUGUGGAAAAAAGAAACCAUAACGAAAAAAAGGGUCAUUAAAUUAAACGCGCGCAGUCCGGGAAAUGAAAAGAAAAUGCUCGUUUUUAAAUGUCGGCCACGAAUGGGCGCGAUGACUAUCGAAAAAGCAUAGUCCUCCUUAAAAAAAA